CAGGCAUCAAUACAGGAAAGAGGAAACGGCUUCAUUUCUGUACAUAGUUUGUGAGUUUUGUGCAACUAUUUAUUUUUUAAUUCAGAGAAUGUCUACUGGCACCACAGAAAAUUUGGAGUUAUAAAGAGAACUUUCAUUAGUUAUAAAAGGACAAUUGAGAUUGGGGAGGAAAGCUGAAGAGAAUCAACAAGAACACCUGCCAAAUACUCUAUCGCUUGAAGCUCGGGCUAAUGAUUCCCCUCAUUUUUGUUCUCUCUCCCUUCUCUCCAGCCCUAAGAAAUGUGGACUCUUGGUCAACACAGCCCGGUGGAGGCAAAACUGAGGUGGGAGAGGGUUGAGGCAUUUGAGCCCUCCCCACCCCCCCAACACUAAACCCUGAACCUAUGGCAUUAGCACAAAACCAGACUGGCUGCAAGGUCUGAGGAAUCCCUGACAUUCUCUCCCAGCUCGCCCACGGUGGGCAGCCCCAGAUAGGCGAGCUGUUGGGAAGUGGGCUGCGGUGGCAAAAGCCAUGGACUCUGGCAUCAUCAGACUUAAAGCUAGCACUUACUGAACACUUUUUACGUGCUUGGCUCUCUGUGCUAUUGUUUUCAUGCUUCUAAAAACAAAUCGAUGAGGUAGGGCGUAUAACCCACAACUGUAUGAGGUAGGUGAGGAAAACUAAGCUCAAGGAAACCCAGGUGCAUGCCCUGGUUCACAGAGAUCAAACUCCGGUUCGUUCGACUCCAAAGUCUACUCCCUUUAACUACCCAUGGCCUCUGCGCCCCACCUCCGUCACCUCCCGUCGCCCCAUAAAAAAAACGAGGUGGUUGGCCGAGAUUAUCUCUAGGAGUGUCUCCAGCAGGACGGUUUUACCGUUUUAGGAGCAGGGAAGAAAAGCCUUCAAGGUCUUCCCUUCAAAGCAAAUGUCAAAUCUCAGGGGACGCGAACCUUUCCGUUUGGCGCCGGGACCGGGAUCCUGGGAGUCCGCUCGCAAGGGCUCACGGGUCCCCGCGCGCAUGCGCAGUGGCCCCGGUGCUCGGCGCUCGGCGUCCCUCCGCGCCCUUCCCCCACCCGCGCCACCUUCCAGUCGCUCCGGGAGGCGGUGGGGACGUGUGCGCGUCCAACUCCCGCCGACUGUUGGCCGUUUAGCCGGUACCCCCUGGGCAGAGCUUCCCUUGCCGCCCUUCCCCUCCUCCCCGGCUCUGGUCCCAAAACCUUAGCUCCGCGCCGGGGAGGUGGGGGGGAGCCCUCUAGCGUGACGCCCAGGAGCCGCCAGCUCGCCACGAGUCGGUCCGCCUCCGGGGAGGGAGGAGGGGUGGGGCUGCAAGUUAGGACUUGGUACUCCUACCCUGACGCUGCCUCUGCUUAAGCCAAGCAGGCAGCGUAGUCUGGCCGGGAGCGAGCCAUGACGGCGCUGCGGGGCCUCUGGCCGGAGGCGCAGGACAUCUGCACCUCGCUGGGGCUGAUGCUAUUGCUCGUGCUGUUCAUGGGGCUGGCCCGCGUGGUCACCCGGCAGCAGCUGCACGGGUUCAUGAUGGCCCACACCUUCGUCUUGGAGUUUCUGGCCACCUUCCAGCUCUGCUGCUGCACCCAUGAGCUGCAACUGCUGAGCGAGCAGGAACCCGCGCACCGCACCUGGCCGCUGUCGCUAAUCUACUUCUUCUCGUUGGUGCACGGCCUGACUCUGGUGGGCACCUCUAGCAACCCGUGCGGCGUGAUGAUGCAGAUGUUGCUGGGGGGAAUGUCCCCUGAGACGGGUGCGAUUAGGCUGUUGGCUCAGCUGAUUGGUGCCAUGUGCAGCAGGUACUGCAUAAGCGCCCUGUGGAGCCUGGGGCUGACCAAGUAUCACCUCAACGAGAGGACCUUCGUUUGCAGGAAUCCUAUUCAAGUCGACUUGCCCAAAGCGGUCAUCACAGAAGCCAUCUGCUCCUUUAUCUUCCACAGCGCUUUGCUGCACUUCCAGGAGAUCCGAACCAAGCUUCGUAUCCACCUGCUGGCAGCACUCAUCACCUUUUUGGUCUACGCAGGAGGAAGUCUAACAGGAGCUGUAUUUAAUCCAGCUUUGGCACUUUCACUACAUUUCAAGUGUUUUGAUGAAGCAUUCCUUCGAUUUUUUAUAGUAUAUUGGCUCGCUCCUUCUUUAGGUAUAUUGUUGAUGAUUUUGAUGUUCAGCUUUUUCCUUCCAUGGCUGUAUAACAACCAUACAAUUAAUAAAAAGGAAUAACUAUUCCAAAAGACACAGACUAAGUUACAGGACAGUCAAGCUGGAUGUGAUAAAGAUUUUUAUCACCUCAUAUUCAACAUACUGGCUGCACUGGACUCAUCAAUGUUUAGCUUCCUCUGAGGAAGUUGCCUUGUAGUUGUCAUCACUGGAACUUAAACUAAUUACUGUGAAAAGGAGGUAUCCUGUGUUUCUCAGUUAAGACUUGUUCUUUUGAGUGUGUAUUAAAUGUUGCUAGAAAAGACUCAUUAGGGGUGCCUGGGUGACUCAGUCGGUUGAGCGUCCGACUCUUGGUUUCGGCUCAGGUCAUGAUCUCAGGGUCACGAGAUCGAGCUCUGUGUCCGGCUCCACGCUCAGCCAGGAGUCUG